AUGGCCGCCAGCGGCGGCGCGUCCUCGCCGUCGGCCUCAUCUUUGCCAUCACCGCCACGGCGUCGCGCCGUCUCUCCGGUAGCGCUCGGGGGCUCAACAUCGACUUGCCCCCGGAGCGGCAGCGCGGGACGGCACGUCCUCGUCGUCGGCUUCGCCGCCUUCGUCAUCAUCACUGUUGCGACGCCGGCCGUCCGUCUGCGCACGCGCCGCGCGUGUGGUGCCUCGCUUCGGUCGGCCGCAUCCGUGUGCGCGCCAUGCCGCGUCGCUCGCAUCUGCUCCCCUCCGCAUUGUGCCUUGCUCCGGCUGAAGCACGCAUUUGCCACUCCAUAUCUCAUAUAUGCAAGCAAGCUAGAUACAAGUCAAACAAUCGUCAACCCAUUAGCCAAACCCCACUCAUACAUUUCCAGACGCAAGACAGAUAAUGGCCAGACACGCGUCAGAUAUUCCUCAUACAUGCUCGUACAUGACACAUACUCUGGCUGCUCCAUCCGAGCUACUUCGCUCUGUGUUGUUGCUUCCUCAUGCGCGCAUCACCACCACCGGCCGCAGCCGCUGCCCUGCGGCUGGCCAAGCCGCCGUGUUGCUCGAGCACGAGCCCUCCCUCGAGACGCCAGCGCCUCGCUCCGCUCCUCUGCCCCGUGCAGCUACCACGCCAGGCCCCUGCGGUCUCCAUCUCCUCCCACGCGCAGCUCAGCUCGUGGCCCGGCCGCCUGCCCGCCAGUCCGCAGCGGUCAACGCACGCGGCCACCCCAGCUCGCCUCUGCUCCGCGCGCGUGCGCGCAGCCGUCCGACCCUGCUCGCCCCGCACCUGGCUCGUCGCUGGCCGGCCGCUCCGGCCUCGCGCCUCCGGCAGCCGCCCGGUCCGGCCGACCUCCCCCACCAGGCUUCCCCAGGCCGCCUCCCGGAAGCCGUCCUUGGCCCCUCGCGUCGACUACGCUCCCGGUGUCCGGGUCACCUUCUCCUCCGCAGCGCCCUGCCGGACGGGCCACCCACGUCGCUUGGGGCCUCUUGCUGCCCCGCUCGCUUCGGCGGCUUUGGCCUCGGCCCCGCGCACCCUCAGUCGGCUGCUGCCGUGCGCCCCCGCCGGCUCCGCCCCGGCUCACCCAGCACCCAGUCUUCGCACCUCUGCCCGGCGCUGCUCCGCCCGCGCCGGCUGGCACCCCGUCGCCUGCUCUACAUGCCGCCCGCGCCGGCUGCCCAGCUCCUGGACUCCGGCUGGACCGCUCCGGCUCCCCGUGGCCGCCUCUGCGCGUCGCCCUUUCCGACCGCCUACCGCCUUCGCGCAGGCCGGCUGCCCGCAACCCGGACGGCCGGCUCCCCCGGAACUCGGCCAGCCGGCCUCACCUACCACCCGGCCGGCCCGACCGCCUGCCGGCUUUGCGCGUCCUGGCCGGGUCCCCCGCCCAACCGCUGUGGUCGGCUGCCCGUGAAAAAGGACGAGGUGUGAUCCGGUUAGAGAAAAAGGAAAGAAGGAAGUCGUGA